UCAUAUUUAACGAUUCUCCGAAUUCUCCAGACCGUCUUCUGCGUAUCUCGAGCAACUAAUCAAAAUCAUUGUCGGAUCAUCGCCACCGUAUCGCUUAUCUGGAACCCAAAUACUGCAGAUUGUAACCAUAAACGUUCAGUUCAAGCGAAGGAGAAAACGAUGACGGAUAUCGACCAAAAAUAUUUCGUCCGGUCGUUUAUAAGAUUUCUGAACGGGCAGAUCGAGCAGCCGAGCUUUAGCUCGGAUUCCCGGGAAAGCUUGGAAGUGGCCAUUCAGUGUUUGGAAAAUGUUUACGAAAUUGGCCAAGAGGAGGGCGACGACGGCAAGGAUAACCCGUUGAAUCACGUUGAUCUGUAUGAAGUGUACCGGAGUACGUUCACGAACGUCUCGCCGGAACGUAAGCAGGAAGCGGAAAAUCUGAAAAACGAGGGCAAUCGGUUGAUGAAGGAGGGAAAAUACCAGGAAGCGUUGAACACUUAUAGCAAGGCUAUCAGUCUGGACGCAACCAAUCCAGUCUUCUACUGCAACCGUGCUGCGGCUUAUAGCCGCAUGGAGGAUUAUCAGAGUGCGGCUAACGAUUGCCGCAUGUCGUUGCGAUACGAUCCGAACUACAGCAAAGCGUACGGUCGGCUUGGGUUGGCAAAUUCCAAGAUGAACAAACACGAACAGGCUUUGGAGGCGUAUCAGAAUGCGCUGAGAAUCGAACCGGAUAACCAGGACUACAUAAACAACAUGAGUGUGACCCAGCAAAGGCUAGAGGAGCAACGGAAUGCACCAGUGGGGGCCGCUGGAGUUGGCGCUGGAGGAAUGCCAAAUCUAGGUGUUGGAGGUCUCGGGGGCAUUGACUUCGCAGCCGCAUUGAACAACCCAGCUCUGGUCCAUAUGGCAACGCGGAUGAUGAACGAUCCGGCGGUGCAGAACAUGCUGGGACAUCUAAGCGGCAUGGAUAACGUGGAUGCGCUGCUCGAAACAGGCCGUCAGCUGGCCAUGCAGAUGAGCAACCAAAAUCCGGACGUGUUUGCAAAUGUGAUCCGACAGAUGGAGCAAGGAGGAGGAGGAGGUGGCUUUCCAGCGAACGGAAAUGGUGCUGCGCCGAAUGCCACCGCUCCGGACAACAACCAGAACAGUAACGGAAACAACGAUAACGCGCAGCAGCCGCCACCGCCAGCUGAUUCGUAAUCUGUAGAAUAGAUCAAUUUAAAAAAAAACGCAUUCAUUUUAGCGAUUUAGACGAAUGAUGAUGGUUUUUGGCCGCAGAAGCAGCUGACGGACUCUUCCAGCAAAUUGGUUAAUUAUGUUUAGUGUGUUCUCCUGAAUAGUUAUUUUCAACGUUGACUUAUUCAAUCCACCGUAGAAUCUGUAGUGAUUUGAGUACCGUAACAUCGCAAAACAAUUCAUACACCCAUGCAACGUUAUUUGUUUUUGGUCAAUUUUAGGGCGCUCGUAAUAUGAUUUACUCAGUUCCUAAAGAAAGUCAAUAAAUUUAUUCUAACGGAAAGAAAA